AGCAAUGUCGAGUAAAAUUGUUCUAUUAGUGCUAGCUUUUGUUUGUUUAGUCAAGACAAUCUCGGCUGUAAGUGUUGAUAUACCAGCGCAUGAGAACGAAUGUUUCUAUGAAGACCUUAAUUAUGGUGAUAAACUGUCUCUUACAUACCAAGUAGGAGAAGGUGGAGAAUAUGACAUUGAUUUCUGGGUCUCUGAUCCACAAGGCAACGUCGUCUUGAGCAAUACGCGUGAAGACUCUGGCCAUUUUACUGUGACAGCCACAAUGCCCGGUAGACAUAUUUACUGUUUUUCCAACAAGAUGUCUUCUGUCACAGCCAAAUCCGUCAAUUUCAAUGCUCAUAUUAAUCCCAAGAACGCUGUUGAUGAAACAAAUCAUGAAGAUCCUCUCAAAAACGAAAUUGAAGAAUUGGCUGAGAGUAUUCUCAAUAUCAAGGCCGAACAAGAAUACAUUGUUGCCCGUGAGCGUAGACACAGAGACACUGCUGAAAGUACAAAUACCCGUGUCAAAUGGUGGUCUAUUGCUCAAAUCGGCUUAUUAAUUGCAGUUUGUGCCUGGCAAGUCCAUUAUAUUAAGCACUUUUUUGAAGUGAAGCGUACAGUCUAAAACAACAAUAAAUGCAAAAAUGUGUA